GAUUGACUCACUAGGUGUCAGUGUUACAUUAGGCAACAAUUUAGCCUUCAAUCCCAACAGGCUCUGCCCCUUGCAAGUUCUUUUUUUUUCCUAUUUGGACAAAGACUGGUGAUGAAUUGGAAGUGAACCGCACGUUCUCCAUGCUACUAUCAUUCUCGGAAUCUUAUCUUGGAACCAGUGGAUUUGUUUUACGCAAAGGCAAUUUGUGGACGGACAUUUUUAUGAUUAUGUCAACAGAGAGAAAGGAUAAAACGGCACAAUGAUACACUGGUCUCGUGCUCUAUCUUUGUUGCUGUUUUUCGGAAAUACGGGGCUGAUUUUAGCACAGAUUAAAUACUCCACAUCAGAGGGGGUUAAAGUGGGAGCUGUGAUCGGAAAUGUGGCCAAGGACUUAGGCCUCGAUGUCAGCACGCUGACAAGUAGGCGUUUUCGCAUUGUGUCCGGAGCUCACGGCGCGCUGUUUGAGGUAAACCCGAACAACGGGAUUUUAUAUGCUCACCAGAAUAUUGACCGAGAGCAGCUGUGUGACCGAAAUAUUGCAUGUCUAGCUGAUCUAAAAAUUGUUGUUGAAAAUCCACUUGAGGUCCAUUAUGUCACCGUCGAAAUAAUAGAUGCAAACGACCAUGCACCGACUUUUGCAGAAAAAGAAAAGAUAAUAGAAAUAGCGGAAUCAACAGCACCUGGGGCUCGCUUUCAAUUACCAGGCGCCCACGAUCCAGAUGUGGGAAUAAAUUCAAUCCAGCGCUAUAAAUUGAGUCAAAAUGACAAUUUCCAUUUGGAAAUUCGAGACAGAGGGGAGGAUAAAAUCCCCUUCCUGGUUUUACAGAGGCAACUCGAUAGAGAGCAGAAAACAAACCACAGCUUAAUCUUAACCGCUAUGGAUGGAGGGGCACCGUCACAAUCCGCACAACUCAACGUUACGGUGAAGGUUCUUGAUAUAAAUGACCACAGACCUAUUUUUUCAAAAGAGGUUUAUUCUGCCGUUUUGCAAGAAAAUGCGGCAAUAAAUACGGUUGUAAUAAAAGUCGAAGCGACUGAUCUAGACGAGGGACCUAACACUUUCCAGUUCCAAGUUGUUGCCACUGAUUCUGGGACUCCGUCACUCAGCAGCAACGUCACAGUGAACGUGUUCAUUCUGGAUCAGAACGACAACGCUCCAGUCAUCCUGUAUCCACUCAGCUCCAAUGGUUCURCUGAAGGUGUGGAGGARAUUCCACGBAABGAAGUUHCUGACCACAGYCUGUUUGGUUUGGACCGCUACACAGGACAVAUCAGAACACUUCGCUCHUUCACAGAGACAGAYGAGGCUGAGCAUAAACUGGUCAUACUGGUCAAGGAUAAUGGCAACGUUUCCCUCUCAGCAACAGCUACUGUGAUUGCUAAACUUGUGGAACCGAAAGAGGCUUUUGCAGCUUCUGACGUUAAAAGUGCUGCAAAGGAUGAAGAGGAAGAUAAUACUAUACUUCUAAACAUCUACAAGAGGCUAAUUAUGAUGGGACACUGUGUCACAGCAUCCAGUACAGAUCUGGAGAUAAACGCUACAUGUUAG